CGAAACAAACAAAAAAUGGAUAAAAAUAGUUCAUUAAAAUGUUUAAAAUUUUCAUUAAUAGCCGGAAAUUCGGCUGUAAUUGCAAUUGGUUUAGCUGGUUUUCUAACUGGUUUAAUACAACCAAAUUCAAUGCAACAUUUAACUGUUUCUGGUUCACAAUUAACAUUAAUCAGUUUAUUAAUGGUAUUUAUUGGUAUUAUCGGUUUGAUUGGUUCAUUACGUGAACAUUUUUGCCUGUUAUUAACAUAUGGAUUAUGUUUGUUUAUUGUGUUCAUAUUUCGUUUGAUUUGGUCAUUAACAACACCAUUACAUCAAAGUGGUCGUUUUUUAAUGGAUACAACAGCCAGUCUAACAAUAUUAUCUAGUCUUUUGAAAAUAUUUUUAAUGAUUUUUGCUAUUUUAUUGGCAUUGGCAACACAAAAUUCUCUUCCAUUAACAAAAGAAAAAUUUUAUUAUCUUAAAAAUAAAUUUAAAUUUAAAAAACCAAAAUCCAAAUUAUCAAAACAUCAAAUUGAUUCUGAUUAUCAUCAACGAAAACAACCAAAGAAAUCUUCUUCUUCAUCAUCUUCUACGGUGAAAUCCAAAAACCAUCAGCAACAAUUAUCAGCAUCAAAAUUAUUAAGACAAUUUCAAGAUUCGAAUGCAAUCUACAGUAAUAAUGGUUCAUUGAUGAGCCAUAAUAAUAAUAUCUAUGAAAGUGGUAGACGACGAAGUCCAUCGAAUCGUUUAAUAAUGAAUGGUCAUCCUCAUCAUCGAUCAUCAUCAUCACGAUCAAGACAACAACAACAACAACAAUCAUCUGGUUAUUCGGGUGUUGGUUAUAGUGGUCCAACGACUAUAACAACCGAAACCGGAGCAAUUGGAACCGGAUCAGUAGCAAUAGCUAUCGAUGGUAGCAAUAGUGGACAAUCAUCAUCAGCAAGUCAAGAUAGUAAUAAUAAUAUUAAACAUUCGAAUCAAAUAUUGGAUGAAAAAUUAAAAAUUGAUUCAUCAAUGUUAUUACAUAAUCAUCAUCAUCAUCAUCCUCAUCAUUAUCAUCAACAACAACAACAACAACAACAUUAUGGUCAAAAAAAUCAAAGCCAUUCUUUGCCACGUGAUCAACGAAGUGGUGGUGGUCAUCGUGAACGACCAAAAACAUUAUCCAAUGAUUAUAUUCAUUAUCGUUCACCAUCACCUCCAUCGCCACCACCAUUUCAACAACGAUCAUCGUCGACAAGAAAAACAGAAGAUCCAAUUCGUCAACAAAAAUCAAAUAAAUUUACAAAUCAACCAUUUUAUAAUCCAUAUCGUUCAUUACCAAAAAGUACGACGAAAACAUCGUCGACAACGAUGACGGCGAAUAAAAUUCCCGAAUCUAAUAAAUCCAAACCAACAUCAUCAUCGACACAAUUACGACCAACAACAUUACCACGAAGUGUAUUAUAUUCAAUGACAACAACAACCGCAACAACGUCAACAACAACAACAACGACACAGCCAAAUUAUCGAUCCUAUCUUACCUCAUCAUCACGGUUAACAUCAUCAAAUGAAAAACAACAACAACAACAACAAUCAUAUCCGAUGACAACAACAACAACAAUAAUGACAAGUCCAACAAUAACAUCACGAUUAUAUUCAUCAUCACCAAGUAUUGUACCACCGAUAACAAUGAUAUCGACAAAUAUUCAAAUGAUCGAUGAUGAUCCGAUAACGACAUCAACUUCGUCGACAACGAUGACAUUGUCGACGACAAAAACGAAUGAUAUGAAUUUAAAAACAAAACCAUCAUCAUCAUCAUCAUCAUAUCGUUUUGGUAGAUUAUUUGGAUCAUCACCAUCAUAUUAUCCAUCAAAAAAUGUUGAAAACAUUUCAUCAACAACAACAACAACAACAAAUCUAAGUCAAACAAGAAAUUUAUUCUCAACUUAUACAUCACCAUAUACAAGUCAUUUGUCAACAACACCAUCAUCAUUAUCAUCAUCAACAUCGAAUGUGUUGAAUGAACAACGAAGACCAAUAAGUCCAACAUAUCCAUCGAUGAUUAAAUCACCAACACCAUCACCUACAAAUGAUUUGAUGAGAAAACAAAAAGAUUAUCAUCAUGAUACAUUUCAUCAAUGGUCAUCGACAUUAUCAUCACGAACACCAACACCGCCAACAACGAUAAUCAAUAAUAAUGGUGAAACAAAUCAAUUUCUUCCAUCGUCAACAUUGAUGACGACGACGUCGACGACAACAACAACAACUAAAAGUGGACCAUCAUCAACAUCUGUAAAUCUUUUUGCUAGAGUUUAUCCAAAAACAUAUGAAGAAUAUGUAAAAUCUUAUCGUUAUCCUGAAUCAUGGAAACAACAACAACAACAACCAAAAGAGUUACAAUCAACAAUAAGUGAUACAAUGAUUGCAAUUGAUCAAACUAGCACAACAAAAACCUCAUCAACAACAUUACCACGAAAUGAAAAUAUAUUUGUCGUGACUGGUUAUAAUCGUACGAAUAAAAAUUUAACAGAUGCAAAUAAUCCGAAAAAAACAACAACAAUGAAAACAUUAACAACUACACAACAACAACAACAACAAAAUGAUGAACGACAACAAAAACGUAUGAUAUUCUAUAAACAACAAACAUUAUUUCAAUAAUAUCAUAAUCCAUACGACAUUGGUGACAUUAUCAUUAAUAUUUUUUUCGACAAAUAUAGCCAAACCUUGUAAAUGAUGUUAUUUUUUUUC